AUGUUGUCUCUACUUUCGCUUUGGGUCUUUGGUCUGGGAGCCCUCGCUAAUCCAUUGUCCAAGAGGGCUGCCACUGUCAAGAUCGCCAACGGCACAAUCAACGGUGGAACCAAUGGAAAUGUAGAGUUCUUCAAAGGAAUUCCGUUCGCCAAAGCGCCACUCGGCGAUCUUCGCUUCAGGCACCCUCAGCCCUACGACUCCAACUUCGGCGAGCUUGAUGCCACCAAGCGUCCAUUGGCUUGCAUCCAGGGGGACGGCAGCACUGGUUCUGAGGACUGUUUGAAGCUUAUCGUUGUUCGUCCAACCAGUCGUCCUUCUGACAAACUCCCCGUCAUGGUCUUCAUCCACGGCGGUGCGUUUGCUGGUGGUGAGGCUGAGCAGGGCAACGAUGGAACGCCUGUGGUCAAGAAGUCGAUCGAGAUGGGCAAGCCGUUUAUCCUUGUCUCGAUCCAGUAUCGUCUGGGUGCUUUUGGCUUCCUCCCUGGAAAGCAGCUCGCAGGUAACACAAAUUUGGGCCUGCGUGACCAGCGUAUGGCCUUGCAAUGGGUUCAAGACAACAUUGUUGAGUUUGGAGGCGACCCCAAGAAGGUAACUCUUUGGGGUUUCAGCGCCGGAGCAAUGUCCGCCUUUGACCAUACCAUCAUCAACAACGGCAACGCCAACGGUCUCUUCAGAGGAAUCAUCUUGAGUUCCGGCAGCAUGAUCCCUGCGCUCAGCUACGACUCCCCAAAGGCCCAGGAAAUUUACGAUACGGUCGCUGCGCGUGCUGGGUGUGGUCAGAGUACCGAUAGCCUCGAUUGUCUCCGAAAGCUGGACGCAAAGAAGCUGCAGGCAGUUGGCUAUUCGCUGAACAUGGAGUUCAAGUAUCUUGGCGGCAACACUCCUUACUUUCCCCGCCCAGAUGACACCGAUUCUUUCUUUUCCACUCCCGCUGAUACAGCCCUUGCUGCGGGCAAGUACGCCAAGGUACCGGUUCUGAGCGGAAAUUCGGAGGACGAAGGCACUCUCUUUGCAUUGACGCAGUCCAACGUCACAAACAACAAGAUCCUGCUUGACUACAUCGCCACCUACUAUCCCGGAAACGCGCAGUACUCCAACCAGUUUGUGGCCAAGUAUCCCGACGACCUGGGAAUCAGUGGAUCUCCAUUCAGAACCGGCCUCGAGAACAAUGCAUUUGGGCAGUACAAGAGACUCGCAGCCAUUCUGGGCGAUAUUACUUUCAUCUUCCAGCGUCGGUAUCAUCUCCAGGCUAUUUCCUCUGAGGUCCCGACCUGGUCUUACCUGCAUACCAGCGCACAUGACGUCGGUCUCGUCGGAUCGAUGCACGGAUCUGACGGCCUGCAGACCUUGUCCUCGGCCAACACCGUCGUUGCGCAGACCCAGCAGCGUUAUGCAAUUUCCUUCAUCAACACACUAGAUCCAAAUACUCUGGGCGUUUCUUCUCCGCUUAUCAACUGGCCAAAGUAUACUACUUCUACCGCGCAGCUUGUCAACCAAGGAAAGGCUUCCAACACGCUUAUCAAGGAUGACUUUCGUUCUGAGCAGUACCAAUACUGGCGUGACAAUAUCUCCAAGUUGAGGGUCUGA